UGUUCUGUGGUUCUUUCCAGUUCCUCCAAACAAAUGCCGAGACGGAACAUUUCAUAGAUCACUACUAUUUGAUGUUACAGAAUCUAUGUAAAUAACAUAUUAGACUGUGUUUAAGAAAAGUAAAUGAAUUAUGUGUGUGUCUUAUUAUUGAACUAUGAAGAUGGCUGCAUUGUACCGCCGUGUGGUCUAGUAGAAGUUUACGAUAUUUUAAAGAAGUCUUGUCAAGUAAUUGUAGUUGCAUCUGUGACCUGUGUUAAAUUAAGGAAUUUGGGCAGAUGUCGAGUUAAAAACCAAGUUUUUUGCCUCUGGCCUGCUGAUGGGUGGGUGGUGUAAGAAACGUGUGUCAAAUACUGGGGAACACCAUAUUUCACAGAUUUAUGUAAGUUCAGAGCCCCACCAGUUGCCAAUAAUUUAUCGAGAAGAAUACAAUGUUCAUUUCGGUGGCAUUGAGAAGCUCCAUCCAUUUGAUGCAGCAAAGUGGGGACAUAUUUUUCAGUACCUGAAGGAUGCAAAUCUUGUAAAUGAAAAUACUGUCAUAAAGCCAAAUGAAGUUCAGCAUCAGGAUUUACUUCUUGUGCAUACUGCACGUUACUUGAAAAGUUUAAAGUGGAGUUGGAAUGUUGCCCUCAUUGCAGAAAUUCCACCUCUUAUGUUGGUGCCAAAUUUUUUAGUUCAAGCAAGUUAUUUACGCCCAAUGAGAUUUCAAACUGGAGGAAGUAUACUGGCGGGGAAGUUGGCUCUUGAACGAGGAUGGGCUAUCAACCUGGGGGGAGGGUUUCAUCACUGUAGCAGAGACAAAGGUGGAGGCUUCUGUCCAUAUGCAGAUAUUACUCUCCUUGUACAGUUUCUGUUUGAGUAUGAACAUCAUCGUGUGAAAUCUGCCAUGAUUGUUGAUCUGGAUGCUCAUCAGGGGAAUGGCUAUGAACGGGACUUCACAAACCAUUCCAACGUAUAUAUCUUUGAUAUGUAUAACUGUGGAAUUUAUCCACGAGACAAAUGUGCCAAAGCUGCAAUUAGACGCUGCGUUGAACUCCGGCACUUCACUGAAGAUAAUGAAUAUCUACAUAAGGUGGAAGAGAAUUUGGAAGAAUCUUUGCGAGAGUUUCAUCCUGAUAUACUAGUGUACAAUGCUGGAACUGAUGUGUUAGAUGGUGACAGUCUGGGACUUCUGGCAAUUUCUGCACAGGGUAUAAUACGAAGGGAUGAACUAGUUUUUAUGAAGGCUCGUGAACGAAGAGUUCCAAUUGUGAUGCUAACCAGUGGAGGGUAUCUGAAGAAAACGGCACGAAUUAUCGCAGAUUCUAUUCAGAAUCUUCAUGAUGUAGGCCUAAUUUCAGAAUGAUACUAAUAAUUCAUCAUGCAAUGUUAAGUAACAUAUCCAUAAAGGGACAGAGUACCAGUAAUACUGGAUUGUUGGGCUAAUCCAUUACUUUGAUUUACAUUUGCAAUAUAACUGCACAUAUACCUUCUAGGAUAUGGUAUGUCUCUCCUGACCUAGCCCAUUGCCGUUGAUAUGACUUAAAACUAGUGCUUCCUUAUAAAUUUAUAUCAAAUUGCCCCACAUGUGCCAAACUUUAUAUAAACAAUUUAUUGUGUUAUAUGCAAAUGUAUCCUUUAUGUAAGGUUAAAGUUUGUUAGAAAAUUUUUAGGGCAGAAUAUGAUACCCGCUAAAGAAAGUGUCAAAUAUAAAACCAAUUUUUCAGGUGUUUAGAUGAAUUUCAGGUAUGCUUAAUAUUAAAUUUCUGUUUUUGAAUUAGUUUUUAUCUGGUUAUGGUGUUAAACUGGUCAUAAUAUGCUGCAGUAGGUACAUUUGUGAAGAUGACAUGUUCCGCGCGUUCCCGAUUUCUUGUCUGUUCUUUGGACAAUUGUUUGUUCUGCUCCAAAAUUUGUUUAUUCAGCUCUCUGGAACAAAUUAGACUUCACAUCAUAUUUGUUUGUGGAAUAAAAUAUUAAUUAUGAAAGAC